AUGGACUUGGGAUCCGAAGAGCUUGAUCCUCCUUUACCUCUCACUGUUACUUCCCGGGUAUUGUGUAUGUUGGGAGAUGUAACAGCGGGUCCAGCAUAUCGGUUUGCACAAUGGCUGGAGUUGGUUCGUAAGAGAAGUGGCAAUGAGGGAGAACAUCUAGUUGAUUCAAAAAGUCCACCUCCUGAGCAAGCUCCAGGUAUCAGUUUGUGGGAAAGGCUUGGUAAAGCUGCUACAUUGGCCAUUGAGUCAAGCUCUGUUUCUUGGCACAUGCUUUCUUCCCUCCACCAAACUGAGCAUAGUGUAAAUUCUGGGGGAGUUGUGUUCUUUGCCUUAUUCAACCAACCUGGGAAUGUUGACGCUUUUCGUAAGGAAGCAGCAGCUGUCAUAAAGUUUUCAUCUUCAAGGAUGGCCACACAAUCAGAACGUCUUGGCUAUGAAUUUGCCAAGUGGUUAGGAGUCCAAACUCCUCAGCCCGGAGUGGCUCCAGAUAAAGGAAGCUGGAGAGAAAGCAAGAGUUACAGGCUUACAGCAGCUUCAGAAGGAGAUGAAGAAGGUGAAGUAACAUGUUCUGAGCUUUUGGAAGCUCUUGAACUUAGCCGAUGCCUUCUUCUGAUGAGGCCAAAAUACUCUGUUUUUGCUGUUAUGUUCAUGGAUCUCCUUUAUUGGAGAGCCCAAAUGCAUUUGAGCCACGUGAAACUGCAGAAAGAAUUGCAGCAGCACUUGAGUCCAAAAUCAGGAGAAUCAUCAUUUUCUGAUCUCUUCAUUUCUCAUGCCGUGGCUACUGAUUCUGGUGUUCCUCGUCGACCUCCUGCUGGAAAACAGACAAAUGACCAGGAAAAUUAUCCUCAAUUGAUCGAUUUUCUUCUCAACAGUUCUGAUUACUCCUCUGAUUUGUUAUGCGAAAUAACAGGAGGAAAAUUAGCUCCUCCAUUGGAAGGCACUGACUUUACUGAAUAUGAUUCGGUGGUCCCUGCGUCACCUUCACUUGCGGUUGUUCUUUGUCCUUCUCCACCAAGUAAGGAACGCUUUCUUAAUGAUAACCUUCCAGAGUUUACCGAUUCAGAUUCACAGAAAAUGGCUCAAACUCCGAGAAAAACAAUUUCAAUACAGGGUUUUUUUAGAGCAGUGAUACUUAACUGUGUCGUGGAUGCAUAUGAGUUGAAGGUAAGAUUAGAGCACGUUCUUGAGAGGAUAUCAUUGAUCUCUGAAGCUGCAAACACAGAGAAACCAUCAUCAAUCACAAAUAGACUGUUUAUUGGUAGCACCUUGGCUGCAAGAUCUGUGUACACUUAG